UGGAAGAACUGACAGCAAAGCCCCGCCCACUGCCUCACGCACCUGUCCUGAACCAGGAAGUGACCGGACACAUCGUGUUUGUUUUAGAGAGAAGUUGAGUUUAAAACCUGAACAAACAUCUGUGGCUGAAGAUAGAACAUCUGUUUGAGUCUGAUCCGGGUCCGAGGAACAGGUUAGUCUUCUCUAAAUGUGAAGUGCUGCAGCUGCAGCUUCUCCCUGCGACAUGUUGUCACACCUGCUUCUCUCCGUCCUGCCGCUGCUGCUCUGUGGCCGGGCGGCACACGCAGCUCAGAACCGCUCAGAGGCGUCCUCCCCUGCCCGGCUGGUGGCUGACCCCUCUGACAGGGUCGUCGUGGUGAAGGAGGGGUCCGACACACUGAUCGAGUGCAACGUGACCGAGGGCCACGCUGCCGUGAAGUGGUUCAACCCUAAAGGAGCCGUGCUGGGUGAGGAUGCAGGUGAGAAGUGGCAGGUUGAGGAGAACGGCGUCCUGAACAUCAGCGCGGUCUCCUUUAAAGACCGAGGCCGAUACACCUGUGUCUAUACCACUGAUGGCGGCGCGACCACAAACUACACGGUGACGCUGCGUGUCGCCUACACCUCCAGCGGCCUGGGCCUGUACUUCGUCAUCGUCUGCCUCGUCGCCUUCACCAUCACCAUGAUCCUCAACGUGGCGCGGCUCUGCAUGGUCAGCAGCCACCUCAAGAAGACGGAGCACGCCAUCAACGAGUUCUUCCGCACCGAGGGCGCAGAGAAGCUGCAGAAGGCCCUCGAGGUCGCCAAGCGCAUCCCCAUCAUCACGUCGGCCAAGACGCUGGAGCUCGCCAAGGUCACGCAGUACAAGACCAUGGAGUUCGCUCGUCACAUGGAGGAGCUGGCACGGAGCGUCCCGCUGCCGCCGUUCAUCAUGAACUGCCGAACGGUCGAGGAGGAUAUCGCCGAGACGGGAAAACCAGCGUCAGGCCGAGCAGAGCCAGGAGCAGCGAUGCCUGGGAACCGACCAGCUAUCGGCCCGCCAUGCUCUGAGAAGAACGGAGAAGAGGAGGGAGUGUGCGAGAGUCUGCUGUCAACAGAGAGGCAAGGGGACGAUGGAGACGUGGACGUCCAGGUGUCCGUCCACGCCGUUUGUGAGAAGGUUGCCAGUGAGAAUAAAGAGGCUGAGACACUCGCUGCUCAAACAAACGUGUCCAUCGAGAGCAACAUGUAGCAGGAGACACGUUUCCUGAAGCGUCCGAGAAUCUGAGAUGACGGAAUCAUUAGAAAAUAGUGAUGUCGGUGUUUGUCGCAUUUUUCUGAUCAUUGAUUCUUCGUCUUGUUGAAUUUUGGCCCCAAAUCAGAAUUUUACAUUUGAGAAAAAUAAUUGACAGAGAAAUUUAUUUUGACUCUAAAAUAAUCUAAAGUAAAGAAGAUGGAAAUUCUCUUUUUCUGUGUAGUAGUUGGAUUCCAGCUACUUUUCACACUUUUCCCCUGAGAUGGACGUACUAAUAUCUUUACCUCCUCAACCUCAUAUGUUCUACCUCUGUUUGUUUGUUUAUUGUUUGUUUGUCAAAAACCACAGAAUGGAUUUCCACAGCUCGAGUUAAAGAACUCUUGAAAUAUUUUGUGGAUCUCGAUGAAGAGAAAUCCCACAUAUUUAGAGGACUGAUCCAUGAGCGUGUGUGAUUUCAUGCGGUUUGAAUUGAAUGAACUGUUGGACGGAGGUUCGAGCUCAACUCUGACUUUCUAGUUUGAUAUUUGACGUCAUGACUUCAUGUGAAAAGCCUUAUUUCUUAUAUUUGCUCAGUCUUUCGGGAAGCUGAGAGUUGUGUCACUUAAACACGUGCAUGAACAAAGUGCAGCGGGUCAAACACGGAGCCGCCCGGCAUCAGACAGGAUCACUCCUCUCUUCCCUCUGGUCAUGAAUGUGUUAUUUUAUCUCAGCUCAUUUUUCCUCCGUAAGAAGACGCCGGACGCUGUCGUUCAGUUUCCACGAACAAAAUACAAAAGUGGUAAUUGUUGUUUUCACUUCAAUGUUUCCUGAAUUUUAUUCUGUCUCUUUAUUUGGGUCUUUGUUUGUCACGUCAGGGAUUUUACAGUAAACAUGAUUAUUUUUUUACAUUAUAAGUUGAAAACUGUUGCUUUUUUCUUAUAUUCCACUUAUAAAACUUAAUAAUGUGAUAUUUUCUACUUGUUGUUGCUUCUUUCUUGAAGUAACUGACGACAAAGGAAAGUUUUAAAAUCCAGUGAAAACUUGAAAACUCUACUUCUGUAAGAAAAUCCCAUCGUGUUGGGUUUGUAAACAGAAUCACUUCUGGAACUUGAUGCUUUUGUUGUGUUUGUGUCUGUUUGUGAUGAGACUGUGUGAAAUGGUUCGAUGGUGUUUUAAAUGUUGCUUCUCAGGGACGUAAAUCAGCUGUUGUUCUUCUGACAACAGAAAAAAAACAUUAUUGACAAUAAAUAAAUAAAAAUGAAAAACUCUGGA